UGUUCGAGCCGUGGAUGCUGUAGAUGCCGGGUUUGGAGGGAUUUCUUUCCGUUCUCCCAGAACGGUGCCAACAUCUACUGGGAAGGAAAUUCACUGCGGCUUCUCUGGUUUUAAUGAUUGCUCGGCGACAACGCCAUCGAAUUGCUUCAGCUAUUCUAGAAGUUACGUUAUCUGCGCAAUUGACAAUCACCCACCAGAGGAAUCCAUUCUUCAUUCCGAGCUUCAACCUUCAAACUCCUGCCAAUUUAAAACUGUACAGACAUAGUCCUUUAUCGAACAUAUUUCAGCUUGUUGGAUGUAUUCUAUUGAUAUAUUGCCCCUUUUAUAUUUUUAAUUUAUGGAAUAAUAUCAUCGAUGUUAUACAUAAAGACCGAAUAGGUGUAGAUGAAUUUGUAGAGACUGAUUUAUUAAUUCCAAAAAUGAUAUUGCAAAUCUCUUUAGUCUUGCUUGCUCUAUCUCCAUUUGUAAAUGCUGUUUUUUAUGGGAUUAAAAACAAAAGUAUUAAAAAAUCAUUUUACAAUAUCUGGCGGAAACAAAAGUCAAGAAUAGAAAUCCAUUACGAAAUACAGGCACGUACUCCAUCCAACUGCGGGUCUAGAAGACCAUCGAUUAAUGGUACAAACGCGACACAACCAUUGCUUCACAGACAACUGUCGGAAACGUUUCUUGAAAUAAAGAAGGCUGAUAUUGAUGAUAUACAAACCGACACUAAAGGUACAUCAGAUUCAUUGUGGUCCUCGAGUUCUAAGCUUUCAAGCUUUUCAGUAUUAAACAGUCCCAUAGGAAACGUGACACAUAUAACAACUAGACCUUUCAAAACUACUGAAAUGAAAUUUAUUUGUUUGAACCCAAUGCAAUCAUCAUCUGUAUCACAUUUAAUCCCCCCCACUAAUUCUUCUAAAUUGUCUAAACAGGACCGUAAUGAAAGCACCUCGAAAGUAACCUGCGAUUUGAAAAGUACCAUUAAGCAAUAUACAUCUAUAAAUACAAAACCAAAGAUUAAAAUAAGUAGAGCAUUAUCAGAGGAGAAAGAAUGUUCUCUCAGUUAUGGGCAUCGAUUAGAUAAUGCAAGUGAGCUCUGUACCACGUGCUCAAAAUCUUUAUAUAAUUUUAAUCUUAAAGAAAAUCAACUGCUAGUUGGAUCCGCACGAUUUUUGCGUGAAACUCAAACAAAUACUAGUCGCUUCACAAAGUUGGACACAGUGUACCCUUCAAUAUUCAAAAAGUAUUCGUCAUUGCAGGAAAUGUCUAUUUAUAGUAAUUUCACCCAAGCUGGUAAUGUCUUAAAAUAAACGUUAGGAAAUACAAGUGGAAUAUCAAAUUCAUUUAUAGAUUUAGAAAAUUAAAAUAUUCUAUAACAUUUGUUU